AGCUUGAAGCUCUUCAUUGUUCUCUACUCCAUCAUUAGCUCAGAGAGAUUCAUGGAUACGAUGCGAAUCUCCGGUGUAUCCACCGGAGCUGAGAUUUUAGUACAAUGCAAUUCUUUAUCUAGCCUCGUUUCUCGUCGUUGCGAUGACGGAAGAUUGAGAACAAGAAUGUUUCCGGCGAGAAGCAGAAACUGGCGUCCAUCGCCGACGAGAAGGUCGUUUUUAUCGGUGAAAUCUGUCUCUAGCGAACCAAAGGCCAAAGUCACCGAUGCAGUUCUCGAUUCCGAACAAGAAGUGUUUAUUAGCUCGAUGAGUCCGUUUGCUCCAGAUGCUGCUUCGGUAGCUUCGAGUAUCAAGUACCAUGCUGAGUUUACGCCUCUGUUUUCGCCGGAGAAGUUUGAGUUGCCAAAGGCGUUUUUCGCGACUGCGCAGAGUGUUAGAGACGCUUUGAUCAGGAAUUGGAAUGCAACUUAUGAGUAUUACAAUAGGGUGAAUGUGAAACAGGCGUAUUAUUUGUCAAUGGAGUUUUUGCAGGGUAGAGCCUUAUCGAAUGCAGUGGGUAAUCUUGGGCUUAAUAGCGCUUAUGGUGACGCUUUGAAGAGGCUUGGUUUUGAUUUGGAAAGUGUUGCUAGUCAGGAGCCAGAUCCUGCACUUGGGAAUGGUGGACUCGGGAGACUUGCGUCGUGCUUUUUGGAUUCAAUGGCAACUUUAAAUUAUCCCGCUUGGGGUUAUGGACUUAGAUACAAGUAUGGCUUGUUCAAACAAAGAAUCACAAAAGAUGGACAGGAAGAAGCUGCAGAAGAUUGGCUUGAGCUAAGCAAUCCUUGGGAAAUAGUCAGAAAUGAUGUUUCAUAUCCUAUUAAGUUCUAUGGAAAAGUGGUUUUUGGAUCAGAUGGUAAGAAACGGUGGAUUGGUGGAGAAGACAUAGUUGCUGUUGCUUAUGAUGUUCCUAUACCUGGUUAUAAAACUAAAACUACUAUCAAUCUACGACUCUGGUCAACAAAAGCUCCUUCCGAAGAUUUUGAUUUAUCAUCAUAUAACUCUGGGAAACAUACUGAGGCAGCAGAAGCUCUAUUCAAUGCUGAAAAGAUUUGUUUCGUGCUUUACCCCGGAGAUGAGUCACUUGAAGGAAAGACUCUUCGUCUGAAGCAACAAUACACUCUGUGUUCAGCCUCGCUACAAGAUAUCAUAGCACGUUUUGAGACAAGGUCUGGAGGAAAUGUUAACUGGGAAGAAUUCCCAGAGAAGGUUGCAGUGCAGAUGAAUGACACUCACCCUACUCUAUGCAUACCUGAGCUAAUGAGGAUUCUUAUGGAUUUGAAAGGACUAAGCUGGGAGGAUGCUUGGAAAAUUACACAAAGGACCGUGGCAUACACAAACCAUACAGUCUUGCCUGAGGCACUAGAGAAGUGGAGUUUAGAACUUAUGGAGAAAUUGCUUCCUCGUCAUGUAGAGAUUAUAGAAAAGAUUGAUGAGGAGCUAGUUCGCACUAUUGUCUCUGAGUAUGGCACUGCGGAUCCUAACAUACUCGAAGAGAAACUGAAGGCAAUGAGGAUCUUAGAAAACGUUGAGUUGCCUUCUGCCUUUGCAGAUGUGAUCGUGAAGCCGGAGAGCAAACCAGUUAGUGCAAAAGAUGCUCAAAAUGGCGUGAAAACGGAACAAGAAGAGGGAAAACUUUCUGGCGAGGAAGAGGAAGUUAUCCCAGAACCAACAGUAAAACCACCAAAGAUGGUCCGUAUGGCCAACCUUGCUGUUGUGGGUGGUCAUGCUGUAAAUGGGGUUGCAGAGAUACAUAGUGAAAUAGUGAAGCAGGAUGUGUUUCACGAUUUCGUUCAGUUGUGGCCGGAAAAAUUUCAGAACAAAACCAAUGGAGUAACACCAAGGAGAUGGAUUCGUUUUUGUAAUCCAUAUCUAAGUGAUAUUAUAACUAACUGGAUAGGCACAGAAGAUUGGGUCUUAAAUACUGAAAAGCUUGUGGAGCUAAGAAAGUUUGCAGAUAAUGAAGAUCUUCAAUCCGAGUGGAGGGCAGCAAAGAAGAAGAACAAGUUAAAGGUUGUAGCACUUAUCAAGGAAAGAACUGGAUAUACUGUCAGCCCGGAUGCAAUGUUCGACAUUCAGAUCAAGCGUAUCCACGAGUACAAGCGACAACUGCUUAAUAUCUUGGGAAUUGUUUACCGCUACAAAAAGAUGAAGGAAAUGAGUGCCAGUGAGAGGGAGAAGGCAUAUGUUCCAAGAGUUUGCAUAUUUGGAGGAAAAGCAUUCGCCACAUAUGUGCAAGCUAAGAGGAUUGUGAAAUUCAUCACAGAAGUUGCAUCUACAAUUAACCAUGAUCCGGAAAUAGGUGACCUGCUUAAGGUUAUCUUUGUUCCUGAUUACAAUGUCAGUGUUGCCGAAUUGCUCAUUCCAGCAAGUGAGCUUUCUCAGCACAUCAGUACCGCUGGGAUGGAAGCUAGUGGGACAAGCAACAUGAAAUUUUCGAUGAACGGUUGCGUUUUGAUUGGAACCUUGGAUGGGGCUAAUGUCGAGAUUAGAGAAGAAGUAGGAGAAGAAAAUUUCUUCCUCUUUGGUGCCAAAGCUGAUGAGAUUGUGAACCUCAGAAAGGAGAGAGCAGAGGGAAAGUUUGUUCCAGAUCCUACUUUUGAAGAAGUCAAGAAGUUCGUUAGAAGCGGUGUCUUUGGCUCAAACAGCUAUGAUGAACUAAUUGGCUCUUUGGAAGGAAAUGAAGGCUUUGGUCGAGCGGAUUACUUCCUCGUUGGCAAAGACUUUCCUAGUUACAUUGAAUGCCAAGAAAAAGUCGACGAGGCAUACCGGGACCAAAAAAGAUGGACGAGAAUGUCAAUCUUGAACACCGCAGGUUCAUUCAAGUUUAGCAGUGACCGGACGAUCCAUGAAUACGCCAAAGACAUUUGGAAUAUUAAGCAAGUCGAACUUCCAUGAGCCUUGAGACCAGUCUACCUUAAGAAUUAUUUUGUAUGUCCCAUGUUUUUAGUGUAAUCAAGGUAAUAAGGAAAU